UGGUCUGAGCAGUGUGAGUGGUGGUUAUGGAGGUGGUUAUGGUGAUCAGAGCAGUGUGAGUGGUGGUUAUGGAGGUGGUUAUGGUGAUCAGAGCAGUGCGAGUGAUGGUUAUGGAGGUGGUUAUGGAGGUCAGAGCAGCUGAGUUGUGGUUAUGGAGGUGGUUAUGGUGAUCAGAGCUGUGUGAGUGGUGGUUAUGGAGGUGGUUAUGGUGAUCAGAGCAGUGUGAGUGGUGGUUAUGGAGGUGGUUAUGGUGAUCAGAGCAGUGUGAGUGAUGGUUAUGGAGGUGGUUAUGGAGGUCAGAGCAGCUGAGUGGUGGUUAUGGAGGUGGUUAUGGUGAUCAGAGCUGUGUGAGUGGUGGUUAUGGAGGUGGUUAUGGUGAUCAGAGCAGUAUGAGUGGUGGUUAUGGAGGUGGUUAUGGUGAUCAGAGCUGUGUGAGUGGCGGUUAUGGAGGUGGUUAUGGUGAUCAGAGCACUGUGAGUGGUGGUUAUGGAGGUGGUUAUGGUGAUCAGAGGUGUGUGAGUGGUGGUUAUGGAGGUGGUUGUGAUCAGAGCUGUGUGAGUGGUGGUUAUGGAGGUGGUUAUGGUGAUCAGAGCUGUGUGAGUGGUGGUUAUGGAGGUGGUUAUGGUGAUCAGAGCAGUGUGAGUGGUGGUUAUGGAGGUGGUUAUGGUGAUCAGAGCUGUGUGAGUGGUGGUUAUGGAGGUGGUUAUGGUGAUCAGAGCUGUGUGAGUGGUGGUUAUGGAGGUGGUUAUGGUGAUCAGAGCUGUGUGAGUGGUGGUUAUGGAGGUGGUUAUGGUGAUCAGAGCUGUGUGAGUGGUGGUUAUGGAGGUGGUUAUGGUGAUCAGAGCUGUGUGAGUGGUGGUUAUGGAGGUGGUUAUGGUGAUCAGAGCUGUGUGAGUGGUGGUUAUGGAGGUGGUUAUGGUGAUCAGAGCUGUGUGAGUGGUGGUUAUGGAGGUGGUUAUGGUGAUCAGAGCACUGUGAGUGGUGGUUAUGGAGGUGGUUAUGGUGAUCAGAGCUGUGUGAGUGGUGGUUAUGGAGGUGGUUGUGAUCAGAGCUGUGUGAGUGGUGGUUAUGGAGGUGGUUAUGGUGAUCAGAGCUGUGUGAGUGGUGGUUAUGGAGGUGGUUAUGGUGAUCAGAGCUGUGUGAGUGGUGGUUAUGGAGGUGGUUAUGGAGAUCAGAGCAGUGUGAGUGGUGGUUAUGGAGGUGGUUAUGGUGAUCAGAGCAGUGUGAGUGGUGGUUAUGGAGGUGGUUAUGGUGAUCAGAGCUGUGUGAGUGGUGGUUAUGGAGGUGGUUAUUGUGAUCAGAGCUGUGUGAGUGGUGGUUAUGGAGGUGGUUAUGGUGAUCAGAGCUGUGUGAGUGGUGGUUAUGGAGGUGGUUAUGGUGAUCAGAGCAGUGUGAGUGGUGGUUAUGGAGGUGGUUAUGGUGAUCAGAGCAGUGUGAGUGGUGGUUAUGGAGGUGGUUACGGAGGUCAGAGCAGCUGAGUGGUGGUUAUGGAGGUGGUUAUGGAGGUCAGAGCAGCUGAGUGGUGGUUAUGGAGAUCAGAGCAGUGUGAGUGGUGGUUAUGGAGGUGGUUAUGGUGAUCAGAGCAGUG